AUGAGGUUGUUACUCGUCGCCGUGAUAGCCACUUUCACGAUAUUUUCCGGCGGAACACAAUCCCAUCUCCUCCGUGGAUCUCCGAUCAAUUCUCUCUGCGCUGAGCUCAUUCAUCCGGCUGGUUACUCCUGCACAGAACACACUAUUCAAACGAAAGAUGGUUACAUACUAGCUCUUCAACGUGUAUCUUCUUCUCUUGCUCAAAAUCCAAAACUUCAAUAUGGUCCACCUGUUCUGCUUCAACACGGCCUGUUUAUGGCUGGAGAUGCAUGGUUCUUGAAUUCCCCUGAAGAGUCAUUAGGAUUCGUUCUUGCUGAUCAGGGGUUUGAUGUUUGGGUAGGAAAUGUUCGUGGCACUCGUUAUAGUUAUGGACAUGUUACACUAUCUGACACUGAUAAGGAAUAUUGGGACUGGAGUUGGCAAGAUUUGGCUAUGUAUGAUCUCGCAGAAAUGAUUCAGUAUCUGUACUCAAUUGCAAACUCCAAGAUUUUUCUUGUUGGGCAUUCUCAGGGGACUAUCAUGUCUUUCGCUGCUCUUACUCAGCCAAAUGUUGCGGAAAUGGUUGAAGCAGCUGCGUUGCUUUGUCCAAUAUCGUAUUUGGGUCAUGUCACAGCUCCACUUGUAGAAAGAAUGGUUUUUAUGCAUCUUGAUCAGAUGGUUGUUGCUCUUGGUCUUCAUCAAAUAAACUUUAGAAGUGAUAUGUUGGUUAAUAUUGUUGACUCGUUAUGCGAAGGGCAUAUGGAUUGCACUGAUUUCCUCACAUCCAUUACAGGGAAGAAUUGUUGUUUCAAUGCCUCGAGGAUCGAAUUCUAUCUAGAUUACGAGCCUCACCCGUCGUCUGUCAAGAACAUUCGCCAUCUUUUCCAAAUGAUUCGGAAGGGGAGCUUUGCACAAUAUGACUACGGAUUGCUGAAAAACCUAAGGAUUUACGGGUUUUCGAAGCCUCCGGAGUUCGAUCUCAGCCUCAUCCCGGAAUCUUUACCGAUGUGGAUGGGUUACGGUGGCAAUGAUGGUUUAGCAGAUGUGACAGAUGUGGAACGCACGCUAGCGAAACUACCUUCAAGACCAGAGUUGCUAUAUCUUGAGAACUAUGGUCACAUUGAUUUUGUGCUUAGCACAAGUGCCACAGAAGAUGUAUAUAAGCACAUGAUUCAAUUUUUCAGUGCAUUGAGAAGAAAGUCUAGUAGUUGGUGA